AUCUCACUCCCACUAGCCUCAGCUCCUGGUCGACAUUGUUUUGGCUUGAGCCUGUGCUGGCCAACGCCUCUUUUCCUUUGCAUCUCACCAAAGAUGCCACUCCGCUGCACCGGCUUCUGCAAUUUCCGCCAGUAUGAGCGGUAACAACCCUUAUGCCGUCAACGGCGGGUAUGGGGGACUUCGCCAGUCCAACGACUCUAAUCCCUAUGCCCCUACGAAUGCCGCCAACUCUGUCUCCGGCAGUCGCUACGCGGACCCGUAUCUGAAUCAGCAGAAUAACGGUUCCUCUCCAUCUGUCAACAGUUUCGGCCCUCAGGAGCGCAGGCGCAGAUCAAACCCGUAUGACCAGCGCGAUCGAGAUUCUCCAAGCCCACUACCCUCAACGCUGUCAGGCGCGGGAGGAGGGAGCAUUGCUGGAGGCUAUGGGGGAAUGCCGCGUGCAAGAUAUGGGGAGACCGCGGCUCCGUCGAGAAACGAAUAUGACCAUGGAAGAGCAAGGGACCCCCAAGAUUACGAACAGAGGCAGCCCACGCCCUCGUUCCGAGAAAGGGAGAGAGCCUACAACGAGAGCCAGAGAGCGUACAAUGAGAGCAGGAGUCGAGAUGGCAGGGAGAUGCGAGGACAGAUGCCUCCCCCGUCCAACAUCCCUUCGAAACCGAGUCAAUCCGGUCUGGGCCAACAAACGCCCACGAAUGGUUACAAAGCCCCUCAGAACUACGCCACUCCGGACGCUGCCAACCGACAUUACUCUCCGCGACGUCCGGCAAAGAGCAUGGACGAGAUUUUGCGUCACAUACAGUCAAAUUGGAAAGAGAUGGAGGGUGACGAUUGUGUGCCUGUGAAGAUGGCGCUCAGGCUCAUGGAUCCCAGCUCAUUGGGCCUCGCCGAUAAAGAGGGGGACUUCGCCAACACACACGUUGACCUGCAGAAGAGUCUGAAGACUGUGGUCAACGAGCAUUAUGCUGACUUCAACAGCGCAGUCGGCACCUAUCACAAAAUCCAGAACGCCAUUCGGGACAGCCAAAGCCGCGUGAGACAUCUGAAGCUCGGCUUGAUGAACGUAAAGGACGGCAUGCUGACCACUCGGCCGGAACUGCGGACGCUCGCCGAACAGAGUGGUGAGCUCGACGACAUGCUCGUGACGUUGAGCAAAAUCGAGUCUUUCAAGCUCAUCCCGGGGAAGCUGGAGGAGAAAAUCAGCGAGAAAAAAUUCCUCGGGGCCGUCGACAUUUUGAUGGACAGUCUCAAAAACAUUACGAAAAGCGAGUUCGAUGGGAUCGGCGCCAUCUCCGAUCUUCGAAGCUAUUUCACCAACCAAGAGAGUACCUUGUUGGAUAUCCUCAUUGAAGAGUUGCACGAUCAUCUCUACCUCAGAAGUCCUUAUUGCAAAGACAGGUGGAAAGGGAAGAAAGCCAAUGGAGAAGAUCGAGACCCAAAGGACAACAUGAUGGCGGUGGGCGUCAAUGCUUGGGAUCGGCCAUUCAACCACUACUUGAACAAUGUCGACCUCACAACGCCCAUGGCGGAAGACCCCACGAAGAACCCCGAAACCGACACUUUCUACUAUAUACACAUGAUCAUUGAGUCACUCAACAAGCUGGGCCAACUUGGGGAGGCAGUGUCGAGAAUCGAGCAGAGAAUGCCAAUCGAGUUAUACAAGGUUGCUGAGAAAACUAACCACGACAUAGAUGCCAAAUAUCCGAGUCAUCUGAGAGCUCAAUUCAACAAAGCAAAUCGAAAGACAUACACGCUGCAAAUGAACGACGCGAGGGCACAAGUGUUGUCCGACUUCCUGUGGACCUUGUACUCCAAAUUCGAGGCCAUCGCUGAGAGUCAUCGGGUGCUCCACGAAGUGAUUGGAGGGAUUGCAACGAGAGAGAAGGCAGCCAAGCCUGACAAGUAUACCACCGGCUUCAAAGAACUCUGGAAGCUGUAUCAGAUGGAGAUGCGGUCGAUAUUGCACGACUAUUUGGCUACAGACGGCGACCAUAUGGCCUUACGAUCUGGAUUGUCUGGCACGGCCAGCACUGACAUCUUCGCUCGACCUCAGCGGGACAAGAACAAGAAAAUGUUUCGGCUUUCAGAAAUGGACCAGAAAUCAGAGUCGAUGAGAGCCGAGGAGGAUGAGCUCAACGAGAUCCUCAAGAGCUCAGUACCAGGUCUCGUCAGCAAAUCCCGGGCAAGAGAUGGGUCUGAUAUGGUUACAGAUCGCACUGGAGAGGAUAGCUCUGUGGCGGCUCACAAGUUGUUGAUUGAGCCCGGGGUCUUCAACAUGACCAUCUUGUUACCUCCGUCCUUGACAUUCCUGCAGCGCCUGAAAGAUAUUGUGCCUUCAACGGCACACAUCCCCAUGAGCACGUUGACCACAUUCCUCGACGACUUCCUCAUCAAUGUUUUCCAUCCCCAGCUUGAAGAAGCGGUGACCGAGCUUUGUGCGCAAGCCAUGAUUGAUCUCGAAGCAUUCUCCGAUGACUCGCAAUGGUCCAAGCACUCGCCACAUCCGAUUUUCAAGGGAACAGUGUCUUUCAUGGCGCUGAUCCGCGCCUUUUCGGAGAUGCUGAGCUCGAUUCCCCAAGACCAAAUAUUCACUCAACUCAUUAUCGACCAGCUAGUCACGUAUUACGACAAGUGUUAUGGCUUCUAUAAGGCUUUGGUGAGUCGCGUGGCGUCUUCAGAUCCGGCCCAAAAUGGCACCAACACCUUGUCAACCAAAACGGCGGCCUCGCUUGCAGCGUCUGGUGAGGUCCAUGACGCCGCGCUAGAGCUGUUAAACUACGACAAGUCGACCAACAAGGGCGUGUCUCGGUCCAGCCUGAUCACUAAAGAGGUGCAGACUCUCCUUUCUGCGACCAAGACAAACCCGCUGUCAGCCUACGACAUUAUCUCCGACCCCAAAUCAGUCCAUCAACUUUCUCUGCUCUACAACAGCAUGCAAUGGUUAGGCGCCGCUCUGGCGCAAAUUCGGCAUGUCGAGAGUAGUACACAUACUGGCCUCUCACAUGCAAGAAGUGGUUCGCAGAACAGGAGUGUCCGGCGGUGGACAUUGAUUACCAGUCUGCGCAGUGGCGGUUCCAGUAAAUCACCUUCUCAUCCUGGCGCCACGGUCCCAGUCUUCUUGCCUCUCACGUCCGAAACUGCCAUUCCUUUUGAUACGGUUGUGUCCUCUUUCCGUUCCCUGGCACAGACAUGCCUGUUGACGCUACACAUCGACGUCCGGUGUGGUAUCAUUCACCAAUUGUCCCGCACGUUGCGCGGGCCCGACAAUAAUAAUAGCCCGACCACCUCGCCCGAUAACCGAGACUCUGCGGGUGCUCCGCCUCUUGAUUCAGGACUUUACCCAUACGUCCUAUCUUCUCCGCCAUCUUCAGCGUCCCCCUUGAUCCUCGAACUCAACAAUGACCUCAUCGCCUUCGACUCGAACAUUGCGUCGUUCCUCGGCACGCGGGAGAGGAAUUUCAUCCUCAAGGGUCUAUCGCAGCUCGUAGAUCGCUAUCUCGUUGCCACCGCAGAUGUGAUUGGAGUGAUGAACACCAAUGGGGCAGAGCGGGUUCGGAUUGAUACAAUGGUGGUGCAACAGAAUUUGAGAGCCAUUCUGGCGAACACAACGGACAAGCGACGGAGCUGGACCAGCGGCAGCAAGGACCAAGCUGGCCUAGGCAUUUCAGGCGCCGACGACUCGGAAGGCGGUGAAGACGACGAUGGACUCCUUGUUUCCUCCAGUCGAUAUUUCGACCUCUUCCUAACCGGGCCCGAUUCGAUCCUACAGUACGUCCGGGACUGCAAGUCCCAAAAGAAGGAUGUGGGAUACACCUACGAUGAACUGCGCACGCUGGUCGAGUUGUGCUUCAGCGCGAAACUGAAGGGCGAGGACCGGGAGGGGGCCAUCAGGGCGAGGAAAGGGUUGCAAGAUGCACUAUUGGAGCUGGGCGAAGGCAUGUGGGAUAGUUAAGAGGCCUAGACCUUGGUUGUUGCUCAAGAGUCUGGCUUGGUGAGGUGUGCAUUUUUGGCAGGGUUCGGAGACGAUGUUCAAAUAUAUAGCCAGAUCUGUCAGGUAUCAGGCAGGGUAGACAGACCUGUGUGGUCCGCCCUCGAGUAACUUAUGGACUACAAUUGACGAGAGAUGCAAAAGAGGAGGAGCGUGUGAGGGAUGAUUCCUUUUAUA